GGGAGUUGUAGUUUGACAUCUUUCUCUCUCGUUUUCUCUCCCCGGCCGACAAGGAACUGUAGAAGCUGCAGUAGUAGUCCAGAGCAGGGGUGUGAAAAGUCUGAAUGGCUGCAGACUCGAUGGAAAUCGAUGACGGGCUAUAUAGCCGGCAGAGGUAUGUCUUGGGAGACACAGCCAUGCAGAAAAUGGCCCAAUCCCAUGUUUUCCUAAGUGGGAUAGGAGGACUCGGUGUUGAAAUAGCAAAGAACAUUGUUUUAGCUGGGAUAAAGGCGUUGACAAUCCAUGACACCAAAUAUUGUGAACUAUGGGAUCUUGGAACUAAUUUCUUUAUCAAAGAAGAGGAUAUCAAGAAUCAGAAAACUAGAGCUGAAGCAUGCCUUCACCAUAUUGCAGCGCUUAACCCUUAUGUCCAAGUGACAUUAUCUACAGUGCCACUGGAUGACUCCACUGAUCUUUCAUUCCUGGGACAGUACCAGUGUGUCAUACUGACUGAAACAAGACUUUCCUUAAGAAAGAAGAUCAAUAACUUCUGCCAUGAUCAACAGCCAUCCAUAAAGUUUAUUUCUUCAGAUGCCUAUGGUAUAUGUACCUCUUUGUUCUGUGAUUUUGGAGAACAGUUUGAGGUGUUGGAUACUACAGGAGAGGAACCAAAAGAGAUCUUUAUUUCCAAUAUAACACAGUCAAAUCCUGGUGUGAUCACAUGUUUUGAGAACCGGCCUCAUAACCUUGAAUCUGGACAAUAUGUGACAUUCCGUGAAGUGAAUGGAAUGGCCACUUUAAAUGGGUCUGCACAUCAGGUUACAGUUACGUCACCUUAUUCCUUCAGCAUUGGUGAUGCAUCAAGCUUGGAACCAUAUCAACAUGGGGGAAUAGCUGUGCAGAUUAAAAUGCCAAAGACUUUCUGCUUUGAAAGAUUGGAAAAGCAGUUGGUUGAACCAAAAUAUCUUUCUGCAGACUUCAGUAGGCCAGAGGCACCACUGAACAUUCACACAGCUAUGUUGGCAUUAGAUCAUUUUCAAGAGAUGCACAAUCGUCUACCUAACAUAAGGUGCCUUCAGGAUGCUGAAGAGAUGCAGAAAUUAGCAGCAUCAGUAACUGAAACUCUGCAGAGUAAACCAGUGUUGGAUGACCAGUUGGUUAAAUGGUUGUCUUGGACAUCUAGAGGUUUAUUGGCUCCCCUUGCAGCUGCCAUGGGAGGAAUUGCCAGUCAAGAAGUCUUGAAAGCAGUGACAGAAAAGUUUUCACCUUUGCAACAGUGGCUAUUUUUGGAUGUCCUGGACAUUGUCAAACCACUGGAACAAAUCGGCAAAGAAGAAUUCCUUCCAAGGGGAGAUCGAUAUGAUGCUCUCAGAGCUUGCAUUGGAGACUCUUUUUGUAAGAAGAUUCACAACAUGAAUGUUUUCCUGGUUGGAUGCGGUGCUAUUGGUUGUGAAAUGCUGAAAAAUUUUGCACUUCUUGGGGUUGGUUCUGGCUCAGAGAGAGGAUUGGUCACAGUUACUGACCCCGACUUGAUUGAAAAAUCAAACUUGAACAGGCAGUUUCUCUUCCGACCUCACCACAUUCAGAAACCUAAAAGUUGUACUGCUGCUGCUGCAACCAUAAACAUCAACCCAGAGUUAAAAAUAGAUCCGCGGCUGGAUAAGGUGUGUCCUGCCACAGAGAAUACCUAUAGAGAUGAGUUUUACCUCAGACAAGACAUCAUUGUGAAUGCACUGGACAAUGUGGAGGCCAGAAGAUAUGUAGACAGUCGGGCAGUGUCCAACAUGCGUCCACUUCUCGACUCAGGAACAAUGGGGACGAAGGGACACACAGAAGUGAUUGUGCCUCAAUUAACAGAAUCCUACAACAGUUAUCGAGAUCCUCCAGAUGAAGAAAUUCCGUUUUGCACUUUAAAGUCAUUUCCAGCAACCAUCGAGCACACAAUUCAAUGGGCAAGAGACAAGUUUGAGAGUUCGUUUUCACAUAAGCCUUCAUUGUACAACAAAUUCUGGCAGACGCAUGCAUCUGUAAAAGACGUUCUACAGAGGAUACAAACUGGUGAAAGUUUAGAAGGCUGCUUCCAUGUUGUUAAGCUGUUGAGCAGGAAACCCAGGAGUUGGUCUCAUUGUGUAGCACUUGCAAGACUAAAGUUUGAAAAGUAUUUUAAUCACAAGGCUCAGCAGCUAUUGCAUUCAUUCCCUCUUGAUACACGGUUAAAAGAUGGCAGUUUAUUUUGGCAGUCUCCAAAGCGACCCCCUAAUCCAGUACAGUUUGAUAUAACAGAUCCAUUACAUGUCGGCUUUAUAAUUAGCGCAGCCAAACUGUAUGCAGAGGUACAGGCAAUCAAGUUCACUGAAGAGGAUUUGUCACAUAUUGUUGUUCAGAAAAUUAUAGCAGGGAUGACCAUCAAAGAAUUCACACCUUCCAACAAGGUUGUUGAAACAGAUGAAACUGCAAAGAAGCCUGACCAGACCCAAAUAAGUAGUGAAGAUGAGAGGAUUGCAGUUGUACAACUUGAAAAAGUCCUUGCCGAAGGACGAGCUUCAAAAGAAGACCUCCAAAUGAAGCUCUUAUCAUUUGAAAAAGAUGAUGACAACAAUGAACAUAUCAACUUCAUCACGGCAGCUUCCAACUUGAGAGCCAAAAUGUACAACAUUGAACCAGCUGACCGACUGAAGACCAAACGUAUCGCCGGGAAGAUAAUCCCAGCUAUUGCUACAGCAACAGCUGCUGUCUCUGGCCUGGUUGCCCUGGAGUUGAUUAAAGUAGUUGCUGGGUAUCCAUUUGAAGCUUACAAGAACUGUUUCUUCAACCUUGCGAUUCCAAUCAUUGUAUUCACCGAGACAGCAGAAGUAAAAAGAACACAUAUCAGGAAUGGAAUUUCAUUCACAAUCUGGGACAGGUGGACAAUCUAUGGCAAGGAAGAUUUCACUCUACUGGACUUCAUUAACGCCGUCAGGGAACAGUAUGGAAUAGAGCCCACAAUGGUUGUGCAAGGUGUGAAAAUGCUGUAUGUCCCAGUUAUGCCUGGUCAUGCAAAGAGACUGAAACUUACAAUGCACAAGCUUGUGAAACCAGGAGCCGCUAAAAAAUACGUCGACCUGACUGUGUCUUUUGCCCCAGAAUCAAAUGAAGAUGAGGAUUUACCCGGGCCUCCUGUUAGAUACUACUUUAGCCAAGAGAGCAAUUAAUGGCACAAGUGCGGGUGUUAUCUUCAAUGUGUUGGUACUACUUGUCACAUCUAGGUGAAGCCUUAAUGAAGAGAAACAAGUGGAAGUAGUGAUUUGCACUAAUAUUUUGCAUAACAAAGACUGCAUAUAUCUAGUGUCUCCCUCAUACUUUCUUGUACUUUUUUUUCUUUGUUACCGGUGGACUGGAAUACACAAUUGUUUGGAUGCAAUACUCCAUGCUAUAACCCAAAAAAAAAAAGAGAUAAAUGAAUAAUAAAAAAAAAAUGGAGGACCAA